UUUUUUGCUAAAUUAUAUUUACAUCUUUGGUGCUUUCUUCAAAAAGUUCUUUUAGUCUACAUACCUUGAUUAAAGCAUGCUAGGUACCAUUGCCAAGCAAUUUAUUGUAUAAUGUAGAUAAAAGAUUUUCCGUUGUACAUGUUAUUUAUAAGUUUUAAAAAAAAAAGAAAGACAUACUGUUAGCUUUGGUUGUCUACAACUGAUCCACCGUACCAAUGGAUAACAUCGAUCUCAGACAAGCAACCGAAAUUCAUCUAAGCAAUCUUUUGGUGUAGUAUGUCAGUCUGUGCAAAUUAAAUCUAUCAUUCUUUAUUUUAAAUUUAAUUCCUCCUUAUUGAAUCCUCUUUAGUUGACUUUCUGUCUUGUUAUCAGUUCAUAGAGUACUUUUAUUACGGCCUUGAAGACACAUCGACGAUGAACCCUUCAGAAACCCAUCUGUCUUUAAUUUUAUCAGACGCUGCGUUUCCACUUUCUUCGUUUUCAUAUUCAUUUGGUCUCGAGUCAUACUUAUCUCAUCAACCCCGAAGAACUACGAGUGCCUUCUUUGACUUUUUACCAUUGUCACUAAAUUCAUUGCUGUAUACGAACCUUCCCACAGUUAAAGAAUCAUGGGAAACCCCGGAAAACUACUUGCAAAUAGAAGAAUUCUUUGAAAGCACCCAAACCUGUACGAUCGGUCAGAAAGUAUCGACCAUGCAGGGAAAGGCUUUACUCGGAGUGUGGGUGAAAUCGUUUUCUACAUUUAUGAUUCCAAAUGAAAUAUCAAAACUAUUAAUGAAUUACGAUUACUUGGUCCGUCAUCGAAAGGCACUCGGUCACUUCCCAGUGAUUUGGGGUAUCUUAUGCAGGGCACUUGGAAUUUCUUUAGAAAGGACAUGUUAUCUCUAUUUAUUAAAUCACACAAAAUCUAUAUGUUCUGCUGCUGUCCGCCUGGACGUAUUAAGUUCUUUCCAAUAUGUGUCCACUCUAGUACACCCCGAAACCGAAACACUUCUGAAAGAGUCAUUAAACGUUGCGUUAAGUCUGACAUUAGAAGAUACUUCACAAACUUGGUAUCCCUUGGACCUAUGGCAAGGGAGACAUAGUCUGUUAUACAGUAGAAUUUUCAAUAGCUGAAAACUUACGGUCAAAACUUGAAUAGAUAAUCGAUGCAAAUGUUCUAGCUUCAGAAUUAUGGGAUAUAGAUUCAAAAAAACUUUCCUUAACGGGUGAUUCAGUGAUACUGCCACUGAAUUUCGUGAAAAAGCUUAACAUUUUGGCCAAUCUAGCGUCCUCGGUAGGAAGAAAAGUUUUCAAAUGGGAUAAUAGUAGUCGCAUUUGUGUUGAGAAAAUAAGUUCUGCAUCUGCUUCUGUCACAAAAUCUUCGAGCUCAUCCAACAUUUGGGAAAGACCGCCCGUGACGACAUAUUUUUUUGAGAUUUCAGAAAGAAGUUCUUCGCGAUCUUGGGAAAAUUCAAAUUUAUACCUCAGAAAUACGUCGUUCAUUGUCCCUUCUAAAGAAGCAUAUAUAUUGUCUACUUUCAUAAUAUCCGUAGGGGAAG